AUGUCUAGCUCUGCUCAUAAAGCCAGCAAUGGCACACACGACCAUGACAUCCCCUACAUACCCCUCCAGUAUGGGAAAGAAGACUCCGAAUCCUCCGCUACAAAGCUCAUCCUCGCACUCUUUCCGCAUUGGCGGCAAGGGGAAGGCAAGAUCGAAUUCACCACCUUCAAAGAUGGUAUUACGAAUACUCACGGUCUAGCCCCCGCUUUACUGGCUCGCUUUCAGAAUGGCCUACUCUACAGAUUCAUUCGAGGGCGUGUCUGUACUCCACCAGACUUGACAAAAGAGCACAUAUGGCGAGGUGUUGCACAACGCAUAGCCCAGUGGCAUGCUUCUCUUCCCGUCGUUACAGAAGGCCGCAAAGCAGCGAUCAAAGAUGAUAUCGUCGUUCCAUUGGGUCAAACUAUCCCCAAGAUUCCUGGUGCAACGGAGAAAAUGUACGCCAUCACACCCAAUACACCUGUACCGAACAUUUGGACAGUAAUGCAGAAGUGGGUCCUUGCCCUCACGACAGGCACAUCAGACGAACGCGAGAAGAGGGAUAUGUUACAAGUCGAGAUAGAGCGGUCGGCAAAGGAGCUCAGUGAUACACCAGGUCUAGGAGGCAACGGGUUGAUCUUCGGUCAUUGCGAUCUCCUAAGUGCCAAUGUCAUUAUCCCACCACAAGAGAAAAGCAACGGCGAAGCUAAGUGCGCUUCCGUCGCCUUCAUCGACUACGAAUACGCCACCCCAUCUCCCGCCGCUUUCGACCUCGCCAAUCACUUCUCCGAAUGGGGUGGCUUCGAAUGCGACUACAACGCUCUACCCACACGCAGCAUCCGUCGUGCUUUCAUCGACGAAUACAUCUCAAGCUACAUAUCCCACACAACCGUUGACACCAAGACGGACCUCACAUCCCGCUUAUUCGACGAGAUAGACCGCUUCCGUGGCAUACCAGGGCUGUACUGGGGCAUAUGGGCGCUCAUUCAGGCGAAAAUCUCCCAAAUCGAUUUUGAUUAUGCUUCUUACGCUGACGUGAGGCUGAAGGAGUAUUGGGACUGGAGAGCCGAGACGGAUGGAAGUCGAGCUGCCAAGGGCGUAGAGAAGCCGCUGCGGGAGAGAAGGUGGGCUGAGGAGUAA